CACACACACACACACACACACACACACACACACUUUCUAACAAACCGUUUCACAGGAUCCAGACGGCAGAUCGGGGGUCUGAGCAGCGGCAGCAGCCUCCUCCUCUCCCCCCUCCUCUGGAUUCUCUCCACGCGGCGCACGAGACCAUUUCCUCUGGACUUCAUCUCACAUCAUGUCUCCUUUCCGACCGACUUGAUGUGAAAUGAGUUCAGAAAUGACCGGGGAGCUGCGAGAAUUGACCGUUUAAGAUUAUUAUUUUUAAAAUCAUUAUUAAUAUUUGCGCGUGCAGACUUGGAGGAACUGAUCAUGACGCGCAGACUGCUGGAUCUGACGCUCAGAGAGCCGCUGAGUGGGUUGGAUUUCGGAUUAUUUUGAUCCUUUUUUGGAGAUUUUUGUCCUUUUUUWAAAAAAAAAAAGAGGAGUCUCCUUGUCUCUCCUGAUCGCUGUUCUCCGGGUUCCUGCAGAACUCCAGAGCCCCAUGCAGCCGCAAAGGGAGAGGAGUGAAGCGCGACCCCGAGCUGGAUGGAUGGUUAUGGGGGAAAGAGGGAGACCCUCGGUGCUUGAAGUGUGCAGAGUCCUCGCUGUGCUUUUCUCACUGUUACCCUCCGUGAGUCUGCAGUGCAAGAUCCAGAAGUGCAACACUGAGUACCUGACGUCCUCGGCGAACUCUGGCCCGGAGAAGGACACGUGCGUGGCGCUGCGGGUCUACUACGGCUGCGUGGCGCGGACGACGCGCUCCUGCCGGGGCGACCUGUCCUACCACGCCACCAAGCAUGGCAUCGAGGACCUGAUGAAGCAGAACAACUGCUCCAGGGACGGGCCCACGUCGCCGCCUCGCGCCCGGACGCCGCAGCCGCCUCAGCUGCCGCCGCCGCCGGUCCUGCCCGACAGCCAGGAGCGCUCSGACGGGCCCGAGGUGUGCCACUACGAGCGCAGCCUGCCGCGCGACGCGGCGCCGCCCAACUACACGCACUGCGGCUUCUUCGGCGACCCGCACCUGCGGACGUUCGGCGACGACUUCCAGACGUGCAAGGUGGAGGGAGCCUGGCCCCUCAUCCACAACAAGUUCCUGUCGGUGCAGGUGACCAACUCCCCCGUGCUGCCUGGCUCAUUGGCCACGGCCACAAGCAAGCUGACCAUCAUCUUCAGGAGUUUCCAGAAGUGCGUGGAGCAGAAGACGUACCACGCCGAGACCGACGAGCUGCCCGCCGCGUUCGCCGACGGCUCCAAGAACGGCGGCGACCCCAACGGGGGCAACACCCUGCGGGUGGUGGAGAGGGUCCCCGGGCAGCACGUGGAGAUCCAGGCCAGGUACAUCGGGACCACCAUCGUGGUGCGGCAGGUCGGCCGCUACCUGACCUUCGCCGUGCGGAUGCCGGAGGAGGUGGUGAACUCGGUGGAGGAGGACGACAACCAGGACUUGUACUUGUGCCUCCACGGCUGUCCCGCCAACCAGCGCAUCGACUUCAGGAGCUUCAGAACCCGAGCGGCGGGCGAGGCGCACGGCGCGGGCCGCCGCGCUGCGCCGCACGGCUUCACCUACCAGUCGGCAAAGGCCAAGUGCAAGGAGCGGCUGCCGGUGGAGGAUCUGUACUUCCAGUCCUGCGUGUUCGACCUCCUCUCCUCCGGAGACAUAAACUUCACCAUGGCGGCGUAUUACGCCUUCGAGGAUGUAAAAAUGCUCCACUCAAACAGCAAAAGAUACCACCUGUUUGAGAAAAACGCUCUGAGCGGCGCGGCACGCCGAGGCACAGAUUUACUUCUAGUUUUCCUCCUCAACCUCCUGGCGGUCUUAUUGUGGACCGAGCAUCAUCUAUAGUCCGUUUACAGAAGAACCUUCACGUCAUUUAGGUCAGUGCGUGUUAAAGGACUAUCUCCGUGUCAUGUACUGGCCUCUCACCGGCUCCACGUGUGGACCAGCCCAGCUCCGGCUCUCAUCUUAGUCGUUCAGUCUCAUCUCGGCGUCAGGCUGAACACAUCCAUCAUCACGUGCGUUUAGCUGGUCUUAAUCUUUGAAUAGAGCAGUGGUGAGAGAGCUCGGCAAACCCCCAGAGCUCUGGGUGUCUACCUGGGAUUAAAUCCCAACCGUCUCAUCAGCCUACGGGAAGCCGGACAAGAUGAUCUUUUGCAGAAAGAGGGGUUUCGCUGAUCCUCCUCCUUCUCCGGAUUCCCACAUCGGUGCCAAGCCAAGGAGGCUCUGUGUGGCUCAUGUGGCAAAAAAAAAAAA